AUGACAGCGUCGAAAUCUGCUGUGGCCACGGCCACCGGCCUGGCGGCCACCCAAACUAAAAACCCGUCGUCUUGGGAUCCACAGGACGACGUGCUGUUGCGGCAUCUCAAGGAGGUCAAGAAGCUGGGGUGGAAAGAAAUAGCCCAGUAUUUUAAAAAUAGAACGCCCAACGCGUGCCAGUUUCGCUGGCGUAGGCUUAGGUCCGGCAAUCUUAAGACCGUGGGCAAACAGUCUGACGUGCUCGAGGAUCUGUCUAGCGUGUCUGGCUCUGCUGAUACCCUGGCAUCUGGCUCCGGCUCGCCUGCGAAUCUGGGGUCUCAAUACACCGGUUCCGAUUGCUCAAACACGAAUGCAUCGGGUUUUGCAACUAUUGGUGACAACAAGGUUAAAAAUGAGGGCGAUUUGAAGGGUUCGUAUUUUAGUAACGGACCACAAGCCAACGCAGUCUCCAAUCCAAUCACGAAUUCGGCCAUGUCUUCUUCUAUGACUAUAUCUUCGCCGGUGCCCAUUGCAGCACCUUACAUGGAUUCCUCAAUGGCAGGAACUGCGUCCAGGUCCAAUUCUGCUGUGCCAAUAGCGUAUCACUCCUCCACGAUGAACUCCCCGCAACCAACGUAUGGCUACUCACCACAUCAACAUCUAGUGAAUCAACCUCACUUUCAAUCUAGGUCCCAAUCGCAGUCUGCCGCCAGUUCAGACAAGUUUAUAAAACCAAGGUCACUUUCGCACACAGUGGCCCCAGCUUCGGGCUUUUUGCAAUCGGCGUCCACUAGUCAUUUGCCCUCCUUUGAGGUCAAUAGCAACGCAGAAGACGAAAAUCUGGGUCUCAUCCCUAAAGUUGUUGUUCGUUCCAGGCGCGCCUCACUCGCGCAGCAGCCGUUAUUGGCCCAUUCAGCAUCUGCAGCUCCUAGUCUUCCUAGUGUUUCGAGUACUAGUAAUCUUUCUGCUGCUUUGAAUACAACUUUAACAACCUCAAAAUUGCGAAAGAACUCCUUCUCUUCAAGAACUCGGCGUUCUUCUUUCAAUAUGGCCCCACCUGACCGAGCCCUCUCCACUACUUCGCGUAGAAGCUCUAUAGUACAGGCACCAAGUUCUGUAACGUCCAUAACAAGGCGGGAGAGCUUCAAUACUUCAAGCUCCAGAAGAAGCUCCGCUAUCCAUCCCAGGAGAGAAAGUUUUGUACAUGGCCCAAAUGAUAGACGCGAGUCGGUAUCCAAUUACACUGAUGUGCCCAGAUCUAACCUACAACAUUUUGCUCCAUCAGUAGGCACUGCUUUAAAUCAAACUGUGUUCCCUAGGGAGGUUACAGGUUGGUCACUGGAGGAGGAUAAUCUUAUUAACAAGAGACAAGAAAAGCAAUUGUCUUUAGACGAGCUUAGUAUCUUACUACCUCACAGGUCAGAAGAAGAGAUUCAAUGGAGGAUAGGCACUCUAGAUCGCAGCACUUCUUCUCCUUCCAGUAAUUCGCCUUUGGAUUCGCCAGAAAGGUCACUCACUGAGGAUACCGCAGUUGAGGAUGAAUCCAACGAAGGUGUCGAUGAUUCUUCUGGUCAAUCGUCUCGUCGCGCCUUUGCUAUAAAGAAAGAAGUGUCACCAUCGCUUUCGCUCUCUUCCGGAUCCAACGACAGGGAGCAUUCACCCGUUUUCUCCCCUCAAACCGUUAAUCGAGAUGGGUCUCCUUCAAAUUUUAACACAUCCUCGAGACCGAAUUUGAGCAAGUCGCUCGAUGCCUCACACUACAGCUGCACCCCUGGCCUUCCUGGCCAUCUUGGCCAUGCAUAUUCCUCUGUGAAUGAGCCGGAAACGGCUAAUGCGCAUGGAGCUGCCUUACCUCCUUUGAAUAGCCUUUUCAAAAACAUACUGUAA